GCUGGCCAAGUCUUCGUCGUCGUCCUCCUCAAUCACAUAUUGGAGACAGCGACGCGCCCAUCUGAUUUAGACGGGAGGACGCCGGCCGCCUGACUUCCUCCCUCCGAGACUCCUUCGCGGCGAAGGCUUUACAGAGCUGCAGGCAGCUCAUGCCGUUAUAAUCCCCCUCGCGACUCGCGAGCCAAGUGAGACCAACCCCCAACUCGACGAUGACCAUGGAGGCGGAGCGCGACGGCGAGGAGCAGCGCCGCCCCCUCCUCUCCUCCUCCUCUCCGCCGCCACCGUCGCCAGCGGCGGAACAUCAGCAUCAGCACCAGCAGCAGUACCAGUACCUGGGCCGCAGCAGCUCGUCGGCGCUGCGCGGCGGCGGUGGCGGAGGAGGAGGAGGAGCGGGCUGGGGCGUGGGGCCGGAGGUCAGCGCCGCGGAGGUCAGGUCCGCCGCGUCGAUCUCCUCCGCCAGCUACUACCCACCGCCGCCGGCUCUCCACCACGACGUCUACCCGCCGGACAUCCACUCCCCGUCCCCAUCGCCAGCUGCCCCUACUGCUCCGCACCCUCACGGAGGAUUAGCAAUUGUUCCUCAAGGGCCGUACCCGUAUGGCGGCGAAUACCAGCCUUCUCAUGAUGGCAGAAGGGAUGUACUGGAUGAGGUAGAGAUCCGGCAGCUCCUUAUUGAUCAUGUUGGGCAUCGGUGCUGCUGGGGAAGUAGGCCUGCUCGCACAUGGAAAAUUACCUCUAUUGAGGAUUGCAAUGUAUAUGUUGGAACUUUGGAAACUUUCAUCGAGGAAAGGGACACUGUAACUAACAAGGAACCCUAUGAUGGUGGGAAAAUAGAUGGAAGAGACAAGGGUCCUGUGCUUGCAGUGUGGGAACUUGAUCUGAGGUCUGAGUUUCCUCUACUGUUUGUACCAGAAAAAGAAGUAAUGGUCAAGAUCCCUCACUCAGAAGUAAUUGAAAAAUGCUUAGAUUGCGAGAGUCGUGGAGAGAUACCAUGUCCUAUUUGCAAUGCUGGUCAGGAGCACGGAUUUUACAAGGCAAAUCAGAUGACCCGUUGCAGUGCAUGUCAUGGGAGGGGUUUACUUGCUCACCAAGAUGGAUCUGAUACAGUAUGUGGAAUGUGCAGUGGUAAAGGAAUGUUGCCUUGUAUAGCAUGUGGAUCGCGUGGCCUAGUAACAUGCAAGACAUGUAGUGGCUAUGGUUCCCUUCUCGCAAAAAGCACUGCUCAUGUUCGAUGGAAGACACUGUCAGCAAGAAAAGUGAGCGCAACUAGGGGAGCUGCCUCUGUGCCUGACGAAGUAUUCCACAGAGCCCAGGGGAUUCAGCUAUGCAACAUACAGGCGUACCAGUGCACUCCUGCAUUCUUCGCCGAUUCGUACCAGCUCAACCAGUUCUCCUCAGAAGUCGUAGCUAGCCGGCUUCCAGUUCCACCGUCCGCGAGGGUCAUUUCCGAGAGGCACAUCAUCUCCGUCGUGCCUGUGAUCCGUGUCACAAUGGCUCAUCGCAAGCAAUGUUUCAGCUUCUACGUCGUCGGCUACAAUAGGGAUGUUUUCAUAAGAGAUUAUCCUUCGAAAUUCUGCUGGGGCCUCUGCUGUUGCUUUGAGUGGCUGCGGAACUAGUUAUUUCUUGCCAUGUGACAAAAAUCGAGUGUGCAGUAUUUUAUAGUAUUACAUACGGAGUAAGGCUUGUGUAUAAUUAUAGCAAAACCGAAGAUUAAAGAGGGUUGAAUGAAUAAGCAUAACCCUGUGUGUUAUGCAUUUUUUACAUUACAGAAGCUGUAUCCUCGUAUUCUAUUACUAGGGCUUCGUCCAUGUAGAUCAUAUCUGUAACAACUGCUCGGGCAUGAAUCAAAUCAGUUGUGAAGACUUUCCCUUA